AUGGAAAGCAAUGGUAUUCAAGAUAAUGCCGCUUUUAGAAAUAGAUCUAGUACCUGGCACGGGAAAGUUAAGUUGGAACCGGGAUUACAGCCUGUCACAGAGGAGGAUAGAUCGAAAAGACAUGGAUUGUUGGGUCGUCGAAAUAUUUACGGUCAGCAAAGCUACUCAGAUCUCAUCAUAAAAGCGAUUAACUCCACUCCGGACAAAAAAAUGACGUUGUCUCAAAUAUAUGAGUGGAUGAUGGUGAACGUGCCAGUUCUGAGUAACAAGCCCGAAGGAAUGGCCAGCUGGAAGAACUCAGUGAGACACAAUUUGUCCCUGCAUUGCAAAUUCGUAAAGGUACCUAACCCCAGUGCUGGUAAAAGCUCGUUUUGGACAGUGAAUUUAGAUGUAAAACCAAUAAAACCAGCAAGAAGACGAACUGGUUCAUUGGAAACCAACAAAUUCAACUCUAAACAGCAAAGAGCUAAAAGAGCGGCCCAUAAUACCAAAAUAUCUCCUGCGGUAUAUUCUAACGCGCAACUUAUGGAAACCGCAGAACCGUACGUCCUUCCCGGGUACCAGGUAAGUCCGGUUUUUCGAACCAGGACUUGGUCCGACGAGUCAACUUAUAGCCAGCCAUCGCCUAUACCUUCAGAAGAAGUGCUCGUUAAUAUACCAAACCAGAGAUUGGAUAUUCCUAUGCAGUACCACUACCAGCCAUUGUACUCCAGUAGUGGACAAAUCUCCCCAGAUUAUCCUGAAACAAUGAGAAGAUACUGGACUAAACCGUCAGCAAUGUCUCAACGAAUUCACAGCAGUCCAUAUGUUAGAGACGAAAGAAAUUUAGAUUUAUUAUCUAACAAUUUCCAAUGUAACGUAACAUUGGAAAAUGCUCAAAUUGACGACCGUAAUGCGGAAGAAAAUCCAAAUUUUUAUCAUGAUAAUGACACUGGAUACCAAUAUGCCAUGAAUAUUAUCCAUGCAGGAGUCAGACCAGAAACUUUAGACUUAGUUGCUGACGUCGAUAACAUCCAGGUGGACUUACUGAAGAGUCCACUGGAAUGUAACGUGGAUGAAGUUAUUAAUCAAGAACUUAGAAUGGGGGAAACAAUAGAUUUUGUAUAAAAUAGAUUUUAACGGUUUUAUUUAC